GUCCGCCUGUGGACUCUGUCUCUGGGUCACACUGUGGGCUUGGCGGUGCUGCUCACCAGAACCUGGAGGGUCUACGCCGUCUGCAGCGUCCAGCUGAAGAACCAGAACCAGCUGCAGAAAACAGGCCGUGUUCAGCUCUGGAUCCUCCUGUUGGACCUGCUGGUUCUGAUCUCCUGGCAGGUUCUGGACCCACUCAGACGAGAGGUUCUGCAGCACCAGUUGGAGGACGUCGCGGCUGAUCAGGACGUCGUGGUUCGGUUCUCCUCUGAUUGCUGCAGCAGCGCCAACAUGGAGAUGUGGCUCACCGCCGUCUGCGGAUACAAAGCUCCUCUGCUGGGUCUGGGCUGCUUCCAGGCCUGGAACAUCCGGGCCGCGGGCGCCGCCGUCAGCGGGCCGGUCAGCGGUCAGCUCCUCGCUCUCUGCAUGUUCUCGCUCACCGGGUUCAGUGCGUCCGGGGCGGCGGGGUCGCUGCUGACCUCCAGUGACCCCACCGCCCAGUUCUGUCUGUGCAGCAUCCUCAUCCUCAGCUGCAACCUCUUCAUCCUCCUGGGCCUAUUCUCUCCUCAGGUUCUCUGCUUGCUGAGCAGCAACAGCAGCUGCGGCACCGGGGAGCUGCAGCAGGUGUCGGAGCUGCAGCAGGUGUCGGAGCUGCAGCAGGCGGAUACGGGUGUUGAGUAUCUGAGGAGGAGAAACCAGGACCUGAGGAGUCGAAGCAGCCAGCUGGACGUCCAGAUUGAAACCGUCGCCGUGGAGCUUUCUGCCACGCCGCAGCAGGAAACGGGAUGCGGCGCGGCGAGACCUCCAGCUGAGGAGAACGUCAACUCCCCAGAGCGCGUCCGGCGCCGGCUCUCCAUGCAGCUGCCCAUCCUCCAUCACUCCUACCUCCCUGUCGUCGGCGGCGUGCGCUCCAGCAGCUCCAGCCUCUUCGGCGAACAGGAAGUCGUCGCUCCCCGCCAUCAGGACCACUUCCUGUAUAGCUGAGGACAGGAAGCUGCUCAACCAGGAACUUCCUGUGGGAAAAUAGAACGAUGAAUAUGAACUGUUGUUGAAAUAUUUAGACAGAAUAAAUUAUUUUCCUUUUCUUGUCAUUAUUUUGUAGAAAUGUUGUUAAUAAAGGAUAAA